AUGAUUGCUCUUAUCUCGAUUGUCCUGGCUUUCUUGGCUCCACAGGCUAGUGCUGUCAUCGGAGGAGACCUCAAUUGUACCAGUUACAAUGGAACUGCUUUCGUCUGGACACCAGCUGCCACCGCUUGUCCCAAUGUUAUCUCCGAUUCGUCUUGCGCUGUCCUCUACCCAGCACCAGUUGUUGCUGACGGAUAUCCAGCACCUAACAUGGAUCAACAGAGACCAUUGGCCUGUUAUACCACUGCCACCGCCACUCCAGCCGCUAUUGUCAUGGAUAUGAAGAAGGCUGCUAUGGAUAACUGCCCAAGAACUUGUGGAUUGUGCUGCCAGACUUCAGCCUACAACUGCGCCAAUGUUCAAUUCCCACGUCUCAACUGCGCUACCAUCACCCAAUCCCAAUGCCUCUCGCCCACUUGGAGAACCAUCAUUGCCGUGGAUUGCCCAUCUGCCUGUGGAUUCUGUAACCAGGGAGGAUGCGUCGAUGCCAUUAUGGACUGUGCCAAUGACAUUAGAGUCUGCACCGCAUCUGGAAUGGAGUCAUUCGUCGCCACCUACUGCCAAAGAACAUGUGGCAAGUGUGCUUCUUCCACAACUACCAGAACUAUUACCACCGGAACAUGCAGUUCUUACAUUGCUGAUUCAAGCACCGCUUGUACUGCUUGGGCCGCCAAUGGAUUCUGUACCAACACCUUCUACACUCUUGCUCAGAGAAGAUCGUACUGCGCCACCUCCUGCAGACUUUGCUAA